AUGGACAUGACCAUGGAGACGGGCUACACUCCCACCCGGAGCCUGGACCCGGACGGGCCUCAGUCGCCCAAGCCGAAGAGGAUGCGCAAGUCGAGGUCUCGAGGACUUCGCACUAGAACCGGUUGCUUGACGUGUCGGUCUAGACACAAGAAAUGUGACGAGAACCCGAAUCGCGACUGUGUCUACAGUGAAGAGGCGAGGCGUAACCCCACAAGGUCAUCGCGGCAAUAUAGCCAAGAGAGCAUUCAUGUUGUCUCAUCUCUGCCGUCGUCGACAGGGGCUGCCGCGCUGCCCGAAAGACGAGGCUCGAAUCCUUACCAGCAAAUGAUGGCAGAAGCUUCAGGUUUAUCACCACAAGGCCCACCUGCGCCCCUGUUGAUGCCAAUAGCCGAGACGUACCACUAUGCACAGUCGCCGGACACGGUGGCCUCGGAGCAGCUGACGGCCGACAUGGCCUCGAACCGCUGGCUCGACCUGCUGGCCACCGACGCGGCCCAGGCUGACGCCAACUUCUCGCUGGCCCCGAGUCCGGCCCCGUUCGAAGACAAUUCGCCUUCGCCAACCGGCCAAGCCACACCUGCCGAGGCACGUCCGAUAGGGACCGAGAACCAGCCCAUCGCCGUGGCUGUCACGGCAGCCCCUCCGGCCCUGGUGGGCACGUCGGAGCGGCAUGCUUGGUCCCUCGAUCAGGACAUUAAGCUGACGUCUGAGGAAGCCUACCUGUUUCGAGUCUUUGCCGAGAGAGCCAGUCAGUGGCUGGACUUGUUCGACCCCCAGAAACACUUCUCCACUCAUGCCAUCCGGCUGGCACUGCGUAAUGUUGGCUUGUGUAAAGCGAUACUGGCAUUAUGCGCACGACAUAGGGCAACGUCCCUGCAAGCUGGUGGUCUCGCUGCCGCUGCGGCUCAUUCGUCUUUAGCGGAAUCGGACCCAUCUAGUAUGGCUGUGCAGUAUUACUACGAGACACUGCAUUACCUGCAGAUUGCUCUGCAGUACGAAACAUAUACACUCUCGGAGGAGCUUUUGGCCACUGCUCUGGUGAUCUCUACCUAUGAAAUGCUCGACUCAUCUAAGAGCAACUGGAAGCGGCACCUCAAGGGUGUUUUCUGGAUCCAGCGGUCGCAAAACGUCAACGGUGUAUCGGGUGGCCUGCGGCAGUCGGUCUGGUGGGCAUGGCUCCGCCAGGACAUAUGGGCGGCUUUCCGGGAGCGGCGGCGGUGCUUCUCCUUUUGGCGUCCACUGAUGGACUACCCGGACCUGACCCAAGAUGAGCUGGCCAACCGCAUUGUUUACCUCUUGUCGCAGACAGUCAAUUACUGCUCCAAGACCGACGCCACCAACAGCAGCGGCGGCGGCGGCGGUGGCGAUAACUCGGCGCAGAGGCGAGCCUAUGUUGGCGAAGCUCUCUUGUCUGAGCUCGAGCGCUGGGAGAUGCAUUUAGGUGCGAGCUUCCAGGCCCUGCCAACGCCCUCGGUCGACUCGCAGAGUCUCUUUACCCCCAUCUGGAUUCACCCUCCCAUGUUCGCGGUGUCGAUACAGAUUUACAACUUCAUUCGCAUUCUCAUCACGCUGCACCGACCAGUCGUCUCAUCCGGGUUUGAUAGCUACCUCAAGACUCAGAAGACCCUGCACGAAGCCGUGAAUACAAUAUGUGGUAUCGCUAUGGAGCUACGGGAUGAAGGGAGCCAGAUCAUGUCUGCCCAGUGCCUGUUUGGAGCUGGACUAUGCGUACAAGAGGAAGAAAAGCGCAAGGCCAUCCUCUCGCUCAUCGAUGCCUGCGAAAACCGGACGGGCUGGCCUAUGGCGGCGCUGCGCGAUGACCUGAUAGCAGAAUGGGCUCGAGUGACUUGA